UUAAUUUACCUUUGAAUUAAUUCCCCUAUUUAUUAAUUAACUUUCUUAUUUAAUUUUCACUUUUUUUUAUUUACUUUUUAAUUUCUUUCAUUCAUUUUUAAAUGUAUGUAUUUAUUUAUUAUUUUUAUUUUUUCAAACUGCACGCGAGUGAUCAUCUGUUCAAUAGACGACCGUUUGCGUUCUUCAGUUCAAACCACAUCUCGCGCCCUCUGCUCUCCUCCCGCGCGAGUUUCCGGGUUUUCCCCACAUUUCCUAGCAACGCUCCUUGGAUACGAGUAGUAGGAAGCACGCUCAGUGUGUAAACAACAACAACGUGGAGCUUCCAGAGAGGAUGGCGGCAUCCCCUCGGUUGCCAGCAGAUCAAGAUGUAAGUCAGUCUGUUGGACAAACAUCCGUAAACCAACUGGGAGCUCAAAGUCAUAGCCGUCAGAACCAGAGGCAGCCCAGGCGGGAAACAGAUGACUGGGAGCUUCAACAGCGAUGGGGACGCUCUUAUCAGCCAGCAUUUCAGGACAGUAACCUGUCUCCAGCCCUUUCCCUGUUGCCUGUAAACUCUAGAGUUGAACACAACUUUGAUGAAUAUUCUUUAUUCCAACAAAGCGACAGUGAAUUUGCCCCUUUAAGGGCGUACCCCGACAUUUCCAUGGCAUCAGAGAGGUUUCACGUUCCACCCCAGGAUCGAACCACUCGGGCCUCUGACUCACUGUCCCAGCACCCUUUGGCUCAGACAACCGUCCUUUCUGAAGGAGGAGUGAGCAGCUACUGCUCUCUGUCCCAGCACAGUUUGUCACCAGGAGACGAAGGCAGACGAGAGGAAACUGUUCACUCCUCACCAAUUGCCACCACGGACAGGCGGGGAGUACUAUCCAGAGAUGAUUCAGGUACCAGAGAGAAGGACUCAGAGACACAAACUGAUCCUCCAGACAAGCCCGUAGGAGAGGCUGUUGAAGAUGAGACAUUCUUUCUGAGUAAGGAUAUUCCUGCCCAGCAUCUUCUGGAGCUGCUUCAGAAAGAUAUUGGCAUGCCAAGCAGCAGUAGUAGUGCUGUUUCCUCUGCCUCUGAGACCUCUGUGAAGGCCGCUGCAUCUUUUGCAGAAGAAUGUAAAAGCGCUCAAGUUUGCAAACCAGGCAUUGAACAAAGCUUGGUUAGAAGAGAAGGUCCUCCAGGUGAAGCUUCUCUUCCCCAGCAGCUCACAAAACAACCUGCCAGAGAUUUAUUCCCUGACCGAUCAUUGUCGUCUGAGGUCUGUAACAUCACCAUGGGGUCUCGCAGCACUAAACCUGAUGACAGUAGUGAAGAGUUGCACAGAGAGCUGCUGUCUGAGGUAGAGAGGCGCAGCAGCCGUGAAGCUGAAUCUAAAAACCAACAGCGGAAAGGUCCUACACCACCUGGUCAACCUCUCACACCAUACCCCACAGGGACGUCUGAAGGCAAGCCAAGUGUGACUAGAGCAAAUGUGGGUGGCCUGCAGUGGACAGGACCGUUUUCAGCAGGUGUUGAACGGGGUCGCAGAGAGCAAGACCUCUGGCUCUCAGGGAACCAAACGGGGAUUGAUGGGUCCUACCUGGGUUUCCUUCCACAGUCUCAAUCCACUCCGGGGGUGUUUAAAGCCCCACCCAAAUCCAGUGUCAAGGUUAAAUUAGGGCAACUCUCUGCCAUAGAAUCCAAUAAAGAGAACUCAUAUGAGUCAAACACAAGGAUCUCUCCACUUCCAGAAACAGCCAUUCAGAGCCAAGAAGAAGCUUCCUCUGCAAAGGUCCAGUCUCUCCCAAGUCUCAACUACAUGCAGAAAGUCGACGCUUGGAGGGCAAAUCAGAGUUCAGGCAAGGCGUCACUUUUCGAUGGCUUGGCACUGCAAGGAUUGUCUGGCAUCGCUCCUAAAAAGAAGGCUUACUAUGCAGUAUCUGAACCCCUGAAUCACAUCCUGAGUCAGCAGAGUUUACAACAGCCUCCCGUUUCAAGUGCGCCCCAUCAGAAUGUCACACAGAGCUCCACCACAGCUCCCUCUGGCUCUUCUUCUCCAAGAAGAGGGGAGGCGGUGGGCAGUGCGCCAAGUGACAAAGAUAACACUGGGUCUGCAACAAGACCCUCUGCAUCACCCUAUGACAGGUCACAGUCCCACUCUUCUCUGAGCACCAUUGUCAUGUCAGUGCAGAAAGAUCAGCAGAACAAAAGACCCGCAGAAGAAGAGAUCAGUGAGACUCAUCAUCAGCCAAGCGUCACAGUUCAACCCUCGCCUCGCAUGAGCCUCGGUCAGUUCAGUGAUGUGUCAUUCGAUCGAGAUUUGACACUCUCAAGUUCCCAAGAUAGUUACAACAGUGGAAUUCAAUUAGGAACUUCCAUCGGAGCGUCUUCUGUUGUCAGCCUGGAGGUCGAUAACUAUGUCCCGUACUGGACUUCAAAACUACCAACGCCACCACCCGGGCCGCCAGAGCUCAACAUUGAAGAACUCAUUCCGUUGUAUCUCCGUAACCUGGGUAUUGACCAGUCGCCCUCAUCAAUUCUAACUCCAUUUGCACCCAGAGGGCCAAUCAGAGAGCCGGAAUUCUCUCCUACUGAUCUCAGUACAAUUAAAGGAUCUAUUGGAACACCAACCAAGAGCGCCUUACCCUCCGAAGGUGGCACCCCCCAGAAAGGAGAGUUUUCCAUGUCCAGCAUUCUGUCAGUGGACUCCAGUACAUCCAUCCCGUUGAGCCUGGACAGUCUUGGUCCAGGUGUUUCUAUCCCAGAGGGGACCAGGCGAGCUUCUCCUUCAUCAGAUACAGAAGCUAUGCAGAGAGAACGCAGACUGGCUCCCUCCUCCCUGCCCGAUGAGGACUCUUAUCCUUCCUCCCAGCAACAGCACAUGGACAGCAGCUUAACCAGCAGCCAGAACACCAUCCAGCUCGGAGACGGGGACGACUCUGACCUCUCGAUAGCUACCAAGGCUCGGUUUGGGGAUAGGGACUUUGAGUCUCCGUUGCAAACAAGCUGCAGUUUGGAGCAAAGCGCAGAAGAUUCUAUCGUUAGCUCCAAGGCCUUGUUGGAGAUCCGUAAACUGCUCUCUCAGGCGGAGAGCGUGGUGUCUUCUGGGUCUUCCUCAUUCUCUCCUGCAGCGCCCCGACUGCUCUCUGACAAUGACAUCUUUCUCUCACUGAGGAAGAAAAGCAGCAGACUGCAGGACUCCCCCUCCUCUGCUACUGAGGAUCCCAGAACUCGAUCCUCCCUGUCGUGGGCCAGAUCCUCGUCCGACUCCAUGCUGACCUCAGGGAGAGAAAACUCUGUAGGUCGAGAGAGUCUGACUUCAUUGGGGCAACCUAACUAUCCGUCCACACAAGCUCUUGUUACCUCACCGGACACAGGUGCACACAGAAGGCCACAGGAUAGCACUGCUAGUAGAGGCGCAGGGUCGUCCCUUGUCCUCUCCCAGUCAGCCCGACGUGCAGAGCCUGAGGGCUGCAGUGCUGCUCCCCCUGACAACACCGCCCGCCCACAGCCACCAGCCAUCACACCGUCACCAGGUUCGAGUACACAACAGCUCACCUCUACUCCUGCAGACACAGCGGUUGUCACAGAGGAGGAUAAGCAGGAUACUCUGGAAGGUCCUGUGCAGAGCAGCUCCCCCUCGCCCGUCCUCGAGGACAGUGAUCAAGGAGUGAUGAGUGAUGGGAGCAGUCAGAGCUCGCUGGCGGUCAGAGUGGCACAGUUACUGCAGAGCGAAUCUCCAGCCACCAUGGUGUCCAGCACAACCAGCGUCACUGACCAGGAGGAGAGCAAAGCCAGAGAGUGGAUAAAGAUGAAGCUCUCGGGGCAGCAGUGUGCGCCGCUGGAGUUGGACAAAGAAGACAGAAAGCGGAUUGAAGAGAUCAAGAGAGAGCUGCUGUUGAAAAACCCAAUAAAGAGUCAGGGAAGCACAGAUACAGAGAGCAGUGCAGCGUCCAGUCUUCAAGUCUUAAGGGGGCCGGAUCUACCUCAGACACUGACUCCACUCGGUGCUGCUGACAACCAGCCAUCCCAGCCGCUGCAUGGCCUCCACACAGAUCUCUCUGACUCCAGCGUGCAGCUUCGAAACCUUCGCCCAGAUCUAGAGGCUCAGAUACGUGAGAUCGCUGCCAGAGAAGGGGUAACCCUCCCUAGAACAAACCCUCAGGCCCUCACAUCUAUCACCAUCGCCACUCGCAGGCGCUCCACCUCCCCCUCUCCCUCCACGUCGCCUGCACCUCCCCUCAGUCCAGCUGCAGGGCUGCUCCACCUGGCUGAGCUCUCCACAGGAGAACUUCCUCAAGCUAACAGGCAGCUUCCUCCUCUGGAUGAAGAAGAAAAGACAACCAGGGAGCCUGUAUCAAUAUUUAAACCAAGCAGUAACCUGACAUCAGCACCGGGGAAUCAGACGAGGCAAGACGCUGUCGGAGGCCCGUUUGAAGAACCUCCACCACCCUCACAGGUUUUAAGUGGAGAGGAUGUGAAUGCUGAAGAGGACAACACACCGCCUGUCAGGCGAGAUGACGAGUUAUCCGUCCAGGUCAGCUCUGUUGCUGGUGUUGGGUAUGAAGACGAACAGGCCACAGGUUCAUCCACAUCUGAAUCACCAGACAGGACGGGUCAAGUCUCGCAUGUCCAUCUCACGCUGUCCCCCAAAGCCACUGAUCACACUGAUGCUGUUAGGAGGCUGCAACAUAAAGAGUUUGUCCCCCUCAGACACUCUUCUGCUGCCAGCAGUCCGGACGAAGGUGUCGGUUUGUCCAGUCCACCCGAGUGGUACGACACCAGAGAGCCGAUAAGACAGCGGGGGCCUGAAAGAGCUGACAGCUCCACUCUGUUUACAACGGCUGUGCUUCAGGGAAGGAAGACCUCCACACAGUCCUUUACACCACGUCACAGGAGACCUUUAACCACUGAAACACCAGCCGUGCCUGUGCUGUUGCCUUAUAAACCCCGCGGUAGUGAGGAGCUUUUCUACGUCCCUCAGAUAGAAGCUGACGUCUCCUCCACCGACCGCUCUGACACCACCAUGGAGAGCUCCCACACAGGCUCAGACGACGCUGUGCCCCCACGCUUCAGCAGUGACGUCCUCGGACACCGAGACGCCGGGUUGGACCGUGGAGUCCCCAUCAGACACUCAGAGGGCAUCUACAGCAAGAGGCUGAAGACAGCCAGCUUCAACAUGCACGAGCCCAGAGGUGCUUCUGUAUCCGCUGAUAAACCCUCUCAGUUAUCAGCUGCUUUCAGCAGAGUGACGUUAUCCACGAGAGACCAGGGCACGAGCCCGGUGCAGUUCCCCAGCUACCAUCAACCGGAGCCGAGCCGUGUGAGAUUUCAGCCAGUUCACGUGGAAGUGGACUACGACGAGGCGAGCCAUCACCUCACCACAAGCUCUGCCCCUCAGGCAGGAAGUGAGGGACACCAGGGGAGGGACUCUGGCCUCCGUCACCCCGCCGCCCCGCAGAGCAGCACUCUGGACCGGCUGUGGGAGAAGUUCUGUGAUCGUCGGAGCCGGGAGGAUUCCCGACCGACCAGCGACAGAGAGGCAUCGCUGCUGGAGCGGCUCGAACGCCUGUCCCGUCUUAUUCAUGGCACAGAACUACAAGAAGAGAAGCGAGGACGGAGAGCGAAGGAUACUGGAGUAGGGUGUGAACCUCCGGUCCCUCGUCAGGCCUGGACACGGAGGCUGCAGGUGGAAGAAACUUCUUCUUCCUUCACCUCCAGCUCGUCUCAGAGUCAGCACCUCUGUCCUGCAGACAGGGACGAGUCAGAGACCUUGUCCACCGCGUCCGGCUCCCUGUCCACCGUGGACACGGCGCGGCUGGUCCGAGCCUUCGGCGCUCACCGAGUCCAGAGCCUGAAAACGAGCUCCGGCCUCAGUAAACUGUACAGCACCAUCAACAAGCAGAAAGAAGGGGGGGAGCAGAGGAGAGGAAGAAACAUCGUCACACUGUCAGAGACCAGCGGCACCGAUGAAUCCACAGUUGCUGCUGAUUCUGCAUCAUCGACGUGCACCUUCCCCGUCCCGUCGCACCGCGGCCCCUCCAGGACUCUGGCGGCCAUGAAGGCUGUGAGAGUGGUGAGCAGAGGCGUCCAGGCAGGUGACCUGGAGAUUGUCAGUAAUGGGACUCGACGUCACACCAGAGAUGUUGGAACGACAUUCCCUUCGCCCGCUGAAGCCCGAACAUCCAGACAGAUCAUAUCUUCCUCGUGCAGCUUAGAGAGAGGAAGAGGAGGGCGGAGGAGUCACGGGUUACAGAAGCAGAGCAAGAGAAGCCCGCCAAAGAGCCACCCUGAAGGUGUUUCAUGGUUCAUCUCUGCGGACGACCUGAGAUCAGAGGCGAGGAAGGAGAACCGGCCAGAAGAAGAGGAGUCAACGUGGAGGCCGAGCGCCGCCUGGUUUGAACCGUACAGCAAAACCCAUCCAUGGAGAGAACCGCUCCGACAGAGACAAAUCCACGAAGACGGAAACAAACAUCAAGCGGAACCCGAUUUAGAUCCAAGAACCAAAACAAUGUCCUCCGGUCUGGCACGCAUCUCUCUGCAGGAGGCUCUGGAGACGCGUCGUCCAGAGUUCAUCUCUCAGUCCAGGUGGAGGGUGAAGCGCCUGGCUCUGCAGGUGGAGGAGAGGAAGCUGCAGGAAGUCUUCAGCAGAGAGAGAGACGAACUCUUCAGCCGGCCCGGAGGACCAGGGAGGCUGGCGAAGCCGGCAGGCGCCGCUCUGCUCAGGAGGGCUGUUCCCAGGAAGGAGAUGAUUCAGAGAUCCAAACAGAUUUACGAGAGUCUUCCCGAGGUGCAGAGGAGGAGAGAGGAGCAACGAAGAAGAGCAGAGUAUCGAUCUUACCGGCUGAAGGCUCAGCUCUACAACAAGAGAAUCACGAGCCGUGUCCUCGGCAGGAGAGACGCGUGGCAGUGACCACACACACACACACACACACACACACACCUUUUUUACUGUACAUGAAAUCAGUGAAGUGACGUUGUCACAAUUUUAAUAACAUUAAAAACAAAACUACCUAACUUAACGCAGACAUUUGUUUAUUUGAUAUUUGUUCCUACUUACAGACUGUCGGAUGUUUUAAUGUCAGAAUAAACAGAUUAUUCACAUCGUUUUGAUUGAAGACACAAACAUUGGCUUUAAUAACUUUUAUUGAUCGGUUAUCGGUUGUGCAAGAGGAAGCCACACGAGGAAGAAGGUAAGACGAGCUGCAGAUUCACACGUUGAAUAAAUAAAACGUCUGUAGAUGCACUGUGCCCAUUAAUGAAAUUAUAAAAUAAAACUUCAAGUUAUGACAACACGAUGUGAACACAUCAUUAGCAUGGAUUAAUGAACUAAAAGAUUCUUUUUUAAAUCAGCCAUGGCAGAUGUAGUGACACAAAGAUUCUUUGGCAAAGAUGUAGUUUUGCGUUAAACAAGGUUUGGUGUAAACAAACAUAAGGCGGGCGGGCGGGCGCUCGACGCUGCAGCUUUAAGGCUCGGACAGUUUGAAACAGGAGUCUCAGCUAAACAGAAGGUGACGCACACAUUUCUGCAUUUCUUUUUUGUAAUUCAGUAACUUUACCAACAACCAGCGUUUAUACCGAGCAAGUAAAAGUAGACGGUAACAAGUGUAAUAAAUACGAGAUAAUUCCAGCCAUAUAAUGCUUCAUCUGAGCGUUUAAAUAAACGUGAACAUCUAGUUUUAGCUGCUUUUUACACAGUAAAUCCCUCGAGGUUAACCAGCUUUCUUUUGCUCCGUGCAGUCCACAACAUCCUCACUUUCUCUCGUUGCAGUAACUUCAUAGCUAAAGUUCCUUCUGUGGUUUCUCCCGUCGCUCAUGUGCAAAAAGUCUCUUUGAUCAAACCGCAGUAAAAUAUC